UCUCGCUUCGCGAAGUUGCGUUCUCUUGGCCAGCCUCGUCUCCCCUCUUGCGUGUCUGUGACGUCACGAAAACAAAAGGGAGUCGCUUGCCGACUUCUAAAUUGUUUCCCCGUUGAAUUGCCACAAUUACCGGCUACUUAGAUGAAGAAACUGAAGAGAAAGAAAGAGUUUAAAGAGUUUGAAAAGACGUCGUGUGAUCACAAACGAAUUUGACAGAACGCGCUGCUAUACCAGUUUGUAAACAAUCGAUUUCCCUCUUCUUCGUCUUCUUCUUCCCAGACGAAGCCAAUACAUCGAGGCUGAUCGAGAGCCAGGAAAUGUCGAUCGUUUUUCGAUGACUGCUUCGUUUUAGUAGUCGACAUGAUCGUCAAGUGGCUGGGGUGGCUCGCCGUUGCCUGCGUGGUCAGGUCUGCAACCUGCCAGUUGUCGAUCCUGAAUCCGGCCUCGAGGAACCCUCUGAACCUCCCUCCCAUCAGAUCCUCGGGAGGAAGCACCUCUCACAGGAGCCUCCACGCCCUGAGGCCCUUGGAGGAGGACCACGCGCCAGGGGUCGUGGUCAAAAAAGGGAACAUAAGUUGCUACUCGUGCAAGCUCGACUUCAGGAAGCAGGAGUACGACAUGAACCACCCGUGUCUCGGACGACACAACGGAAGGAACGUCAGCGACGACUUCCUGGUGGAGUGCGGGUACCUGGACAUCUUCUGCAGGGUGGAGAGGACGGAGGUCAACGGUAUCCUGAUCAUGCUGACGAGAGAGUGCACGAACACCUGUUACUACGGCUGCCGCCCCAAGGGCUUCGGCAUCAACUACGAGUCCUGUGCCCAGUGUUGCGUCACCAACGCCUGCAACCACAUGUACCCGGUGAGCAGGGCAGCCCCAUUCGCCUCCGUCUCUCGAGGGCUUAUAUUCCUAAUGGUAAUGAUGGUGCUUGGCCAGAUGAUAAUACAUUGGGCUUGAAACUAAACGGUUAGGGAUAGGUCAGAACCAGUUGCAAAUCUGUUUUUCGUUUUAAUGAUGGUUUUUGCCCAGAUAAUAAUAUAUGGGACUUUCGACUAACUUCACAGGGAUAGGUCAAAGCCAGUCGUCUUAUAUUUUUCGAGUUAAUGAUGGUUUUUGUCCAGAUAAUACUACAUGGGGAUUGAGGCUAAACCAUCAGGGAUAGAACAGAACCAGUCGCCUUGUAUUUUUCGAGUUAAUGAUGGCAUUUGGCCAGAUAAUACGUGGGGCUAUAAACAAAAUUGACAGGGAUAGGUGAAAACCCGUCGCCUUGUCUCUCUCGAGGGACAGAAAAAAGCCAGUGGGCCUGCCCUUCUGGAGCUGAUAGGACAUCAAUAUGGCGUCGAUGAUACCACUGGCAAAGAGGACUUUGAGAAGGUGCAGAAUAAAGCCAGUCUCCCAGUCUCUCUUAAGCUGUUAAUUACUGUUUUUUAUUUAAUUAGUAUUGGGUAUUUCAAGAGGUGUAGAAUAAAGCCAGUCGUCCAUCCUCGAGAUGCCGUAUCGCUGUGCCUUCCAUUAUAUGGACAUAAUACAUUUUGAGAGAGAUAGAACAGAACCAGUCGCCCUGUCUAUCUCUGGAGACUUUAUUUGUUUAUUCAUUUAUUUGGAAAGAACAGCUUUGGAAGAGUAGAUUCGAAACAGUCGCACAGAUGAGAUGAGAUAAUGGGGCAGACCCAUAUGCUGUUUUGUGGUAUACAGAGGUUAUGUAUACAUACUUAUGUGUGUAUUAUUUAUAUACUUAUACAUACAU